AGAAUCCCUCCGCGGGGCGAAGCGAGGCGGCGCAGGUGCUGCUGGGAAAUGUAGUCCCGCCGCUCGAGUCGGAGUGGCUACAGAGCUCGCGGCUUCGGGGCCUUGGGCGCCGCCGCCCGCCCCGGCGCGCUCUUUUCCCUUCUCGCGGCGGCCCGGGAGCUUCGAGGCCGAGAAGCAGUUUAUUCAUGUCACCGAGCAAGGGCUCGCCUCCUGAUGUGCACAGAAGCUGACACCAGUCUUUGAAAGAAGGACUUUAUUGCACAGUCCAGGCUCUCAAAUCUGCUUCACCCGUCCAAGGGAGGACACCCAGUGAAAUGCAUCCCAGCCCUGAUUGGAUCAGAGAAGCAAGAAAAGAAACAUCCUGAUCUCUCUACCCUAUUGUGUGGGCAGCUGUUACUUUCAGACUCUCAAGAUGACGGCCACUGACCUAUCCCCCAUAUGGUCUCUGCCUGCACAGGACUCUGCCUGUUUCUGUGUGAGAAAAUCUGAGGAGGAAAGGAUGGGGGCUGGAUUUCUGGCAACGUGGUUACAGGGACCAGUGACCUUUAAAGAUGUGGCUGUGGAGUUCACCCAGGAGGAGUGGCUGAUGCUCGACUCUGCUCAGAGAAGUAUGUACAGAGAUGUGAUGUUGGAAAACUACAUAAAUCUCACUUCAGUGGAAUAUCAAUUAUGCAAGCCUACUGUGAUCUCCCUGUUGGGUCAAGAAGAGAUAAGAAUUAUAAAAAGGAGAAUUCCCCAAGGCACCUAUUCAGACUGGGAGAUUCAACUUACAGCCAAAGAAUCAACUCCUAAGCAGAAUAUUUUGGGGGACAAAUUGUCCAAUGGAGUGAAAAUGAUAAGAUUCACAGUGGAUGAUUGGUCCUCUACAUUCAGAGAAGACUGGCAAUGCUGUAAGAUCAGAAAACAGCACAAGAUUCCAGAGGGACGUUUGAGGCAAGUGACAUUUAGCCAAAAGAAAACAGCAUCUCAGGAGAGACUCUGUGACUGUCAUGAAUUAGAGGAAAACUCUAAGCUUAGAUCAAAACUUGUUUUUUCAAAGAGAGUUUCCACCAGUAAACAUUGCCAUAAAUGUUACUUAGAUAUUGAGUGUUUAAAACAUAAUUUGAUGCUAAACAAUUAUGAGAAAAACUCUGUAAGUGAGAAGCUCUGUGAAAGUUAUGAAUAUGAUAGUGCCCUGUGGCAUCUUGAAAGAACUCAAACAGCACAAAAAGAGUCCACGUGCUCCAAACAUGGUAUACACUUCAAACAUAAUUUGCCUCCUCUAUGUAACAAUUUUCAUGUGGUGGAGGAUUCCUACACAUGUAAUAAAAACAAAACCUUUUGUCAUCGUUCAUCCUGUAAGCAACAGGAGCAGACUUCUACUAGAGAGAAACAUGAAUGUAAUCAGUGUGGAAAAGCCUUCAAAAGGGUUUCUAAUCUUAUUUUGCACAAGAGAAAUCACAAGAGUGAGAAACAAUAUGAAUGUAAAGAAUGUGGGAAAGUCUUCCAUGAUUCCUCAACCCUAAGGAGACAUGCAAGAACUCACACUGGUGAGAAACCCUAUGAAUGUAACCAAUGUGGAAAAGCUUUUAGUCAAAAAACGUCUCUUAAGGCUCAUGUGAGAACUCACACUGGAGAGAAACCUUAUGAAUGUAAUCAUUGUGGGAAAUCCUUUGGCACAAGUUCUUACCUUAUAGUGCACAAGAGAAUACACACUGGGGAGAAACUCCAUGAGUGCAGUGACUGUGGAAAAGCCUUCUACACAAGCUCUCAUCUUAAGGUCCACAGGAAAAUACACACUGGGGAGAAUCUUUAUAAAUGCAGUGACUAUGGGAAAGGUUUUAGUGGUCGCUCAUCCCUUAGAAUGCAUGUGCGAACUCUUUCUGCAGAGAAACAUUAUGAGUGCAAUCAGUGUGGAAAAGCCUUUAAAAGGAUUUCUUAUCUUACUUUGCACAAGAGAAGUCACAAGGGUGAGAAACAAUAUGAAUGCAAAGAAUGUGGGAAGGUCGUCCAUGAUUCCUCAACCCUAAGGAGACAUGUAAGAACUCACACUGGUGAGAAACCCUAUGAAUGUAACCAAUGUGGAAAAGCUUUUAGUCAAAAAACGUCUCUUAAGGCUCAUGUGAGAACUCACACUGGAGAGAAACCUUAUGAGUGUAAUCACUGUGGGAAAUCCUUUGGCACAAGUUCUUACCUUAUAGUGCACAAGAGAAUACACACUGGGAAGAAACUCCAUGAGUGCAGUGACUGUGGAAAAGCCUUCAACACAAGCUCUCAACUUAAAGCUCACAAGAAAAUACACAUCAGAGAGUCCCUACGAAGGCAGUGACUCUGGGAAAGUUUUUAGUGGUUGCUCAUCCCUCAUAUGGGAGAGAAAUCCUAUGAAUGUAACCGAUGCAGAAAAACCUUCGUCAGAAUUCCUCACUUACUACACACAAGAGAAUUCUGACUGAGAGACAAACCCUGUAAGAGUUGGGAAUGUAGAAUUGCUUUUUGCAUUGUCUUAAGGUGGGCUCCAAGCUCAUCGUAUCAGUCUUUGUUCUUUAAAAUAAGCAUUAAAGCUAUAAAUAGUCCUCUAAAUACUCUCAUAGCUACAUAGCACAGUCAGCUCUGUUAAUUUAUCUUGUUUAUUUCUAAAUGUUGUCUAAUUAUUGAUGUUUUUCAUCCAUCGCUAUUUAGAAUUGUCAGUUUUUAAUGUGUGGGGUAAGAUUUUCAGUUACCUUCUUAUUAUUGAUUUCUAAGUUAAUUGCAUUAUGUCCAGAGUAUCUGGACUAUACAGUAGUACUUUAUUGGUAUUGUCUUGAGAGUUACUUUCAGGCCUGGUGUGGCAGAUAUUGCUAGUAGCCAGUCGAACAGCCAGCUCAUGCUUCCCUACUGACAACCGUCUUUUAGCUCACAGCACCAAUGUGUCUAGUUAUGUAACUCUUGUCAGCCUCCUUGCAGCCCAGUGUAGUCAUACACCUCAUUCUCCAGUAAUCAAAAGUAGAUCACUGGGAAGUGACUCAGCUGGUUUUUUCUCUGUGCCUUUUGCACUUUGCCUUUCUGCCUUCCCUAUUCUCUCUUUGAAUUUUCCAUUCCUAGAACUGAAGGACCCAUCUUGUGACCAUGAGAAUGAUAACCGUGGCCUUAGCAUGUUAUAGAAGAAAUAGAUCCUGGUUCCCCAGAGACAUCUUUAAAUGGCUGUACCAGCACUGUACUGCUUACAUCUGGAUAUCUUUUUAUGUGAGAAAAAUAAGCUUAUUGACCUUUUUAAAAGCAGUGUAUGAAUACAGUCAAUAUAGUAACCUUGUCUAAGAAAAAGGAGAAGACCACAGAGGUAUGUAGAGUUAAAUGUUUUAUGUUGGAUGUACAAAUUUGGAUAGGAACAUAGAAAAGGGAGGAAUGUUGACAGAACUUUUUUGCUUAGGUUGGAGAUGAUGGAGCUGAGGUCACUGAAAACAGGUGAUCAGAGAAGCAAGAAGGAAAUCCCAACAUUUCAGUAUUAGAAACCAAGAGAGUUUUCAGUUAGAGGGGAAGUUACCAAUUUUAAAUGCUGAAUGAAGCCCUUGAGAUUUUGCUACUUGGUCUUACAGAUGCUGACCAGGUUAGUUUUGUUAAAAAAGCAAAAUAUGGAAGGAGGAGCCUAUGAUGGAAGAAGAAGGUAGUAGUUGCAGUUUUAGCAAUGUUAACUUUAUACAGAAUUCUGAGACAUCCAGACGAACAGGCCGAUAAUGCAGUUCUGGACCUGAGGAGGUGUCUGGGAUAAAGAUACAUAUUUCAGCAACACCAGUAAGAUAGGCUUUGUGGAGGUGACUGAGAUUUCAUAGGGAAAAUGGAUGAAAAUGUGAAAAGAGAAUGUCUACCACUGACCAUGAAGACCGCCUAUAUUUAACAGUAGGAUAAAACAAGGAACCUUAGUGGAUAAGAGGAAAACCAGAAAGACUGGAGUUUUACCAAACCAAGACAAACGUGUUUCGAGAAGGAAGGUAAAGUCAGUUGUUUUAAAUACUGUGUGAGGUCAAAUUAGAUGAAGUCUUGGAAAGUGAACACAUCAUUUAGCAAUGUGAAGAUUAUUGUUGACCCUAGUUGGUGAUAAUGACAUGUUGAGGUUGGGUGGUAGGUUGGUAUGAGUUUAGGAAUCAGUAAACCAUGAAGAAGUAAAGACUGAAUAUAGAUAAGUCUGAAUAGUAGGAGAAAGAUAGCAUAGUAGCUGGAGAGUGAUUUGGUCAAGGGAAAAUAUUUUUAAAACUAUGAGGAACUAGAACAUGUUUAAAUUCUAAUGUGAUGUAUCCGGUAUGGAGAGGCUAAAUAUGCAGGCCUAGAAGAGGUACAGGCGAUACCAUAAUGUUCUUGAGGAGGGGGUGGAGGUACCUGGAACACAGAUAGAAGGGUUGAUGUUUGCUAUAAGAAGGGCUGCUUCCACCAUUCAGAAGAAAAGGAGGAAUGGACGGGUUAGUUUUAAUUACCUGUUUCCUUAUAUGUAAGUUAAUCGAGCUGUCCCCAGAGCAUCUGAUCCAUACAGUGCUGUUUGUUUGGUUUCUUAAGAGCUGCUUUCUGGCCCAGUGAUCAGACACUGCUGGUUGCUAACCUGAUACACAUUUCCUCCUCCUCCUUAACUAAUAGAACCCCAGUUUUGCUUAGAGUAGCAGCAUGUCCACUUAGACAACUCCUCCCCCAAGCCUCCCUGGCCAAGAGUAGCCCUUCCCCCUGUUGCUAGCUAGUAAAAUAUAGACAUGAGAUUGGAAGUUUUGUGGUAAGAUUGUCUGCUGAGAGUAAAAUGGAUGAACGACCUCUCAGAGGUUUUAGUGAAGAAGAUGCUCAUGCAUGUGAAAGUCUUGCCUGGUUAGCAGUGGGCCUCUAGUGGGGAGGAAGCAAAGCAAACAGCACAGUGUAGGAAGGAGGGGUCCAGUGGAAUAGAGACCGCAACAAGGAAGAAAGACGGAGAGUGGGAUGCCAGCUGGGAUAAGGAGCCUCAAAGCAGGGGUUUUAUGAGAGGCUGCGGUUGUUAGAAGCAAUACUGGAGAGCAUGGGGGCCACAGUGUGCGUGGAAAUAAACAGCCCUUCUUUGAUGAUUGUUGUCAAGUAGGUUUUUUCCAGGGCAUAGCCAAGUUUAAGUUAAGGCGAGGCAAUGAAGGGAAAGUUUAGGGAAGUUGUCGAGGACAUCAAAGAGCUUGUCACUCAGGGGAAUCUCAGAGUGCACCAUGGUAACGGUUUCCAGAAGGGCAGGAAUUUGGGGUUUCUGGAUGGGGCAUGAGGAAUGCAGAAGAUUGUCAUGAUGACAGUACUGAGAGAGAAACUAAGAUCAGAGCUGGGGGUUGGCUGAGACUUUCGGCUGUGACCAGUCAAAACAAUUUGGAGGGAGGAUGGAUGAAAUCCCAGCAGGUUCUAAGAAGACGAUGGACACUUGGGUCUAAUACGAUUCACGUAUGGCUUGGAAAGGAGAGCCUGCAGUCAUGCUGUGGAUGCAAGUAUUCCUUUGGUCUGCUAGGAUUAGCAGCCCUCAAGGGUAUAGCAGUAGCAGGCACCAGCUGGAAAGUGAUCCCAAAUGCACGUGGUCCUUGCAUGAGGGGAUCAUCUUAAGUGGUACUCAGAAAGGGGGGUUGUGCUCUGCUUGGUUGGGGAUUGGAAUUUAUGUACUAAUUUUGGCACACCAGCAGCUGUGGACUCUCAGUCUCACCCAGAGGACUGCACCUGGAUUUUAUUGCAAUGGCCUCAUGACUCGUUUCCCUGACUCAAAUCUUACUUUGUUCCAAUGUUUUGUAUGCAGCUACCACAGUACCCUCCUAUUAUUUUUUAUUCUUGUUGGUAGCUUUUAAUUAUAAAACUAACGCAUGCGAGAAAAAAACUGUAAACCUCUGUCCUACGCAAGAGAAGGGAAAGCCUUUCCUCAUUCCCAGAUUCUGCUGCCUUAGAAAUUUAACACUGGACAAGUGAACCUUCUGUCAGACUUUGUUCUGUGUACGUACAAAUAUACUGUUUUCUUUUCAUAAAAGUUGUCAUACCUUUCAUUCCAUAUCUUUUUUUAAACAUAUCUUUCUAUGUCAGCAUAUGUAGUUCUAUUUCGUUCUUAAUAGCUGCUUAGUGUUUGAUCAUAUGGAUGUACCAUAACCUGUUUCAUCCAUUUUCCUCUCCAGGUGUUUUGUAACAAGCAGCAAUAACGCAGUGAACGAUACUGUUUAUAUAGCUUGCUUUCCUUUCCUCUGUUCUCCACAGUGCUCCCAGGGUGAUCCAUUGAGAGUACUAAGCUGAUUAUAUUACAUUUGACUUUUAAAUCCUCCACUGCCUUUUUCCUCCUUUAAGAUAAAAUCUUUUUACAAGACUUUUCAUGUUCAAACUCUUAACUGUCUUUCAGGCCACACCUCUUGCUGCUACUCUUCACUCUCUGGACCUUAACCUGGCGUAUGCAUCCUUUAGGUAUUGUAUCCCAUAUCUGCUUUAACAACGCUUUUCACACUUUCACAGUAUUGCCUGUUUAAUUAUGUAUCUUGUCUUCUAAACUGUAAGGUGGGAACUUUAAGUUGUUGAGUGUUUUACUCCUAGUACUUGACCCAUAGUAGGUAUUCAUUUAAAUGUUUAAGGUUUUUCAAUAAAUUUUGUGCCUUUUCUUUUUUGCUUGGCAUUUCAUUGUAGGCUUAACUUAAAAUAAGGGCCGGGUUUUAAAUGAUUGUAUAAGGCAAAAGUUGCAUGGAGUCAGUAUUUUUUUCUAAGCACUAGAGUCACGCUCAGCAUUGCAGGUGUUCUACCAGGACAGGCACGCAGAGACUAACACUGUUGAGAGAGCUGCAGCUUAAGGUUUGUUCACAUUCCCUCCCUCUCUCAUUCCCUCUCCCACUCCCCGGCACAAGCCCGUUAGUUUCUUUUGUGUGGUCAGUGUUCAUUUGUUGCUACAUUGUAUAUUAUAUUAAAAGGAGUGGAAUGACCCAGUGUUGGUGAGGGUGCAGUGUUCUUUAGGCUUCUGAUGGAAGCGUAAAUUAAUACAGCCUGUCUGGGGGACAUGUAAGCAGUGUGUGUCCAAAGUGAGAAUAUUCAUAACCUUUAACCUAACAAUUUUUUCUGAGCUUUUAUAAAAGAACUGCAUUCAAGCAUGUAUAAGUAACAUAGUCUUCUCAGUUUUAUGCUGUAAUGAAAAACUGGAAAAUUCCUAAAUUCAUAAUAAUAGCUAAUUGGUUUUAAAAAUUAUGUAUGUCCAUAAAAUGGAAUAUAAUGCAGUCAUUAAAAUGUAAUUAUAUAUUUAUUGAUGUGGAUGUAUGUAAUAUAGUGUGAUUUUUAAAUACAAUUACACAAUAUCAGAGUGUGAACAUGUUUUUAUUAAAAAAUAUAUUGUAAAUAUAUAUAUAUAUGUGUGCACUGAAAAUAUCCUGGAAGCAUGUAAACCAAAAUGUCACCAGUGGUUAUUUCUGAGUCAUAAUUUUCUUCUUUUACUUGUGUGUUAAGUUUUCUAGUUUACAUAGGAAACAAACCUAAGUUGUCUAUUUUUUUAAGUAAGCAUUUCCAUAUGAACUUAAUAAAUAAUUUCCAAAACAAUGAUUUUAAUAUCUUCAAAGUUGUAAAUAGAUUUGCUUAGCCUGUUCUUGGAUAUAUAGAUUCUACCCAUUUUUUUAAAUGUCAUAAUUUUUUUAACAUUUUUAAAACCACCUUUUCUGUCUCCAACUUUUUAAAGGCAACUUUUUGAAAGUGUUACUAUAGGGCAUGGGCUCUUUUUAAACUUGAUGUAUAAAUUACCUCUAGGCAACUUUCAAAAUCUGAGGGAAACAAAUAAGGUGCUAUAAGUAUAGGGGGACCUAUGUUAGACAAGGCCAUCAGGAAAGGCCUGCACGAGGGCACAUUUAAGCUGAAAUCUGAGGGAAAUUAAGGAGUCAUCCAUGGGGCAUGGGGGAGUGGAGGAACAGAAGAGCUUUCUAAGUAGGACAGCAAGAGUGAAAGUCCUCAUUUAGACCUUGGUGUAUUUGUGGGGAAAAAAAA